AUGAGGGGACCCCGGGAGGGAAAUUCCGGCCCGUUCCAGUGCGCAUCGUGCGUCCCACCAAUGGGAGCUCAACGGGUGCAGGCGAUCGGGCCGCUGUCAGAUCCCGACGAGGCAAAACUGGUGGCGCUUGCUCAGCUCGAGAAUAUUGCGGGCUGGGCUCUCGAACUGACGUGCAAUGGCGCGCCCGACGAGGCGAUGAAACCGACGGUUGGAGUCCUCGUUGGUCUGCUUUGGAGCGGCGCGGAGUCCGCUUCCGCCGAGGGUGCCGCUUGCGCAUUGCGCUCCCUUGCCAACCGGGGCACCUUUGGUGAUGCAAUUCGCGAGGCGGGUGGCGUGAGGGCCUUGCUCAAGUUGAUCCGAGCGCGCGACGAGAUCGAUUCAAAGGCGACAGAGGCUGCGGCGGGCACGCUCCUGCACCUCGCCAUCCAGCAAAAUGCAAUCAAAGAGGAGCUCCACGCCUCGGGCGGCAUCCGGGUGCUCGUCGGGAUGCUUGAGGCUGGUAGCGACUGCCAGGCGGCCGAUUAUGCUUCCUCGCUGCUCGAGGUACUAACGCUCUGUGGCACACCCGAAUCUGCGGCAGAGGUGCGAGCCUCAGUUGGAGACCUCGACGAGGCCGCUUCCUCCGCCGUCGAGGAGGACUUUCCUCAUCUACACCGCAUGCUCAGCCGCGAGCGCUCGCCCGCGACGCGGCGGCUUUGCACGCGUCGGGGCACCUUCUGUCCUCGCUGCCAUGGCCGCGAUGCUGGCAUGGCUUCUGCUGUGGCCGAGACCAACCUGGUCACCUCGCACUGA